AUAAAAGGAGUCCAUCUGCUGUGCUGCUCACACGCUCCUCCGGGACUGGCGCACGCUGCGUUCGUCCAGCUCCCUAAGACACCUGCCCCUUACCCGCGUGCCGCGCCAGGUCCCCCAGACCCGUGCACCCAGCAGCAUGGCUCCAAGCGGUGCCAGUGGGUCCGAGGUGAUGGUGGCAGUGGCGGCGCGUUGCGGGCAGCCGCAGCCACAGCCCCAGCCCCCGAGUCCCCCUUCUUGCGGCCCCGUCUCCGCGGGGCAGCUAGCCGGAGUGGCCAGCGCGUGAAAAGAAGGGAGGGCAGAGCUCCGGAGCGAGGCGCGGCGCGGCGCAGCGCGGCUCCCAGACUUCACCCCACCCAGCUCUGGCGGCCAAAGCAGCCGCAGGAAACUGCCCGAGUCUGGGGAGGGGGCGGGAAUGCAAGACCAGGACUCCUGGCUGGCCUGCCAGCUUCGGUCUCAACAGCCAGGAAACUCUUGCGGGCCGAUUCUGCAGAUCAAGGAGCGCCUGGGUUAGGAGACUCAGCCCGGAGCAACUGGGGUAAGAGACCCCACCUGGCUGAUGCUCCCUUCUCAAACAAUACAUCACCCUCCGCUACUAGACGCCUUGAGUAGGAUCCGGAGUGGAGCUGGGCUUGGUGGGCCAGUCCUUAGCAACCCAGGGCUAAGACGGGGAGUGGAGAGGAGCAGGCAGAGCCGCGGCGGCAGCGCCCAGCGCACUGGAAGUGCAGAAGACGCGCUCGUCUGCCUAGGCUGCCGCGCCCUUGACCUCUAGUUUCAGCUGGGAAUCUGGGUGGAGGAAUAAUUGAGAAUCCCACGGCACUGACUAGCAAUCGAGAGACAAGACUGUGGUCUCCUCCGCGGUCCUUCCGCCCUUUCCCUCGUUCGCUCCAUGCCCAAGAGCUGCGCUCCAGAGCCGUGUAGAGGAGAGACAUGGAAGAAACCAACACUCAUUGCGCCCCACCGCCGCCCGCGGGCUCCCAGACCGGGGUUUCUCAAGCCAACCUCUCCUCCGCUCCCCCCAAUUGCAGCACCGAGGGCUAUAUUUACCAGGACUCCAUCGCCCUGCCCUGGAAAGUACUCCUGAUCCUGGUGCUGGCGCUCUUCACCUUGGCCACCACGCUCUCCAAUGCUUUUGUGAUUGCCACUGUGUACCGGACCCGGAAGCUGCACACCCCAGCCAACUACCUGAUCGCCUCCCUGGCGGUAACCGACCUGCUCGUAUCCAUCCUGGUGAUGCCCAUCAGCACCAUGUACACGGUCACCGGCCGCUGGACGCUGGGCCAGGUAGUCUGCGACUUCUGGCUGUCGUCGGACAUCACCUGUUGCACAGCUUCCAUCCUGCACCUCUGUGUCAUCGCCCUGGACCGCUACUGGGCCAUCACGGAUGCUGUGGAGUACUCCGCUAAAAGGACUCCCAAGAGGGCCGCGGUCAUGAUCGCGCUGGUGUGGGUCUUCUCCAUCUCCAUCUCGCUGCCGCCCUUCUUCUGGCGUCAAGCCAAAGCCGAGGAGGAGGUGUCGGACUGCAGGGUGAACACCGACCACAUGCUCUACACAGUUUACUCCACGGUGGGCGCUUUCUACUUCCCCACCCUGCUCCUCAUCGCCCUCUACGGCCGCAUCUAUGUGGAAGCCCGCUCCCGGAUUUUGAAACAGACGCCCAACAGGACCGGCAAGCGCCUGACCCGAGCCCAGCUGAUAACCGACUCCCCCGGGUCCACGUCCUCGGUCACCUCCGUUAACUCCCGGGCUCCUGAUGUGCCCAGUGAAUCCGGGUCCCCUGUGUACGUGAACCAAGUCAAAGUGCGAGUCUCUGACGCCCUGCUAGAGAAGAAGAAGCUCAUGGCCGCUAGGGAGCGCAAAGCCACUAAGACCCUGGGGAUCAUUUUGGGAGCCUUUAUUGUGUGUUGGCUGCCCUUCUUCAUCAUCUCCCUGGUAAUGCCUAUUUGCAAGGAUGCCUGCUGGUUCCACCUGGCCAUCUUUGACUUCUUCACGUGGCUGGGCUAUCUCAACUCCCUUAUCAACCCCAUCAUCUAUACCAUGUCCAAUGAGGACUUCAAACAAGCGUUCCAUAAACUGAUACGCUUUAAGUGCACAGGUUGACUUGUCAGUUGCAGUGGGGUAGCCUAAGCGGCCCUUGGGGACCAUGUUGUGUCUGGUUCCACAGGUAGGUCCACUCUUCUUUCACUGUUACUGGGUCAGAUUGAGGCUCUGUCUUCUGGGCAAGGGCAAUGGAUCCUGAGAAGCCAGGACAGCCCUGAGAGAGAGAGAGAGAGAGAGAGAGAGAGCGAGCGAGCGAGAGCAAGCCAGCGAGCUCUGAGAGGAGAACUGUUCAAACUAAAGGUAGAGCUUCCCUGCGGAGGAGGAAGCUCACUUCCUCCCCCUCACACCCCAGGUCCAGCACUGACCCUGCAGCAGCCAAUCAUAAGGGAGGGUUGUAACUUUAAAAAUCAAUGAUGGAAGGGGGAUCUUUGCCCUGCUUUGGUAUCAUGGAUCAUGCCCUCCCUCUAGAACCGGUGGUACUUGUAGUUGUCUGAAUCCUGUCUGAGACAGAUCUACAUACAGCCUGGCAGUACUUGAACUAGAAGCCUGAUACCCUUUGUUUUGGGGAGAACUUUGUGUUUCAGCUUCAUUUAAGAAGAGUUACUUUGGCAUCUU